AUGACGUCGUGGCCGAUGGACCCGGCGAGGGACCAACCCGGGUCCGAACCGCUGUACCGACUGUCUUCGCACGUCAAGCAGGCUCUCGAGCGUCUGCUGGUCAAAUACAAGAUCCCAGGGCUGUGCAUCUCGGUUGUCCGUCAAAAGGAGGGUGCAUGGGAGUCAGGCGUGACUGCUCUAGGGAUUCGGGACUCGAGCGGAUCUCCUUGGCUGCCAGAUGUACGAUCUCACCUUUCUGAUCAUGCUCGCUCACAGCACGCCAUCGCGUCUUGCUCAAAGGUGUUUGCCGCUGCGAGCGUGGGCAUACUGAUUGCUCGGGACACGAGACUACCCAAUGGCGAGACGCUGGCUUGGACAACCAAGAUCACAACGGUCCUUCCUGACUGGACGAUGAUGGACAAGGAAGUAGAGGAGAAUGCGGAUAUCGAGGACGCUCUCGGUAAAUUCACCAAUGACACCCCUUCUGCCAUCGUCAACCGGAUGCGAUACCACCGCCCUGCCUCCUCUUUCCGUCGUACCGCCAUAUACUCAAAUAGCAGCCUCAUCUUAGCUGGCGAGUUCAUCUCCAAGCUCUCGGGAAUGCCAUACCACGAGUUUGUCGAGCGGAACAUCUUCGACCCGCUCGGGAUGAAGGAUUCGCAGUUCGAACACAAAGUCGCGUUGGCGUCGGGAAAGCGGGUGGAAGGGUUUGCGCACUAUGAUCAGACUGGGCCGGGACAUGUGGGCGAGGUGGGACGGACGGCAUUUUGGAACGAAGGGGAUGGGCUGUUUCUGGCAGCUGCGGGUGGAGCUUGGAGUACGGGGAACGAUAUCUUACUCUGGCUGAAAGAGACGUUGACGCCGAGAAUCCUUUCCCCAGCCGUGCUCGACGAGCUCAAUCGUCCUCGGACAGCUUGGGGCGCUGCCCAACCACCUCAUUCCACCAUGAGCCAGAUGUUCUACGGAAUCGGCCAGCAUACCCAUUUCUAUCGCGGGCACCUGGUCGUCGGUCACACGGGCAGUCUUCCGGGGCACUACUCGUUCGUCUUUCGUCUGCCGGAUGACGACAUCGCGCUCGCACUAUUCUGCAACGACGCGACGUUCGGGCCAGAUAUGCUCGAUACGGCGCUGCAAAUACUCCUGGACGAUCUGCUGGAUAUCCCGGAGCGGGUGGACUGGGAGGAUAUCUUUUUCACCCCCGGUCUGCAGGAUGCUCCGCUGCCCCGUCAAUCGCCCACCAGUCCGCGCCCGAGCGGAGACAUCACGGGAACGUAUACGGAGGGGGCGUACGGUGAAUUGAAGGUGGUACGGAUUGAAGAUCAUCCGAUGGGCGCGCAUAUCCUCGAACUGCUCAAGACGUACCCGGGCUCUACGAUCCCCGUCCGUGAGGGCGCUCAUAUAUACCUCGGCGAUCUGGCUCACGAUCUUCGCGGCUCACUACUUCUGUCACCGGUGGAUGGACCGAUUUUUACGCGUGCAUGGAUCAAGGCUAAGCCCGUCCAGCGGAUAGGAGGCGGUCGGUCGUACGCGGCGCAAUUGACAGGCGCUGGUCGCUGCGUGGUCACGCAGGAUGGGAUCGGCAUGUUUGAGGACUUUUGGGGUCAGGGUGGGGCGGUGGGAGGUAUGAUAGUCAGGCAAGUAGGUACCAUCGAGUGUUGGCAGGCAAUGGUACUUACGGCUUCGGCUAGUGUGCCGCCAAACAGAAGCUUCUGUGACAUCGCGACUUAUAUACUAGCAAACAACUGGGGUUUACAGCUCCCCACUGACUGA